AGCCGGGCGCAGGGACAGCGCUGUGCGCCUGAGGUCUCCGAGCGGCUCGCCAUGGCUAGCCCGCAGCAGCAGCCCCCUUACCUGCACCUGGCCGAGCUGACGGCGUCCCAGUUCCUGGAAAUCUGGAAGCACUUUGACGCAGACGGAAAUGGGUACAUUGAAGGUAAAGAGCUAGAAAACUUUUUCCAAGAGCUGGAGAAGGCAAGAAAAGGCUCUGGAAUGAUGUCAAAGAGUGACAACUUUGGGGAGAAGAUGAAGGAGUUCAUGCAGAAGUACGAUAAGAACUCGGAUGGGAAGAUCGAGAUGUCAGAGCUGGCACAGAUCCUGCCAACGGAGGAGAACUUCCUUCUGUGCUUCAGGCAGCACGUGGGUUCCAGCACCGAGUUUAUGGAGGCUUGGCGGAAGUAUGACACAGACAGAAGUGGCUACAUUGAAGCUAAUGAGCUCAAGGGAUUUCUUUCUGACCUGCUGAAGAAAGCGAACCGGCCAUAUGAUGAACCCAAGCUCCAAGAAUACACCCAAACCAUACUACGGAUGUUUGACUUGAACGGGGAUGGCAAAUUGGGCCUCUCGGAGAUGUCCCGACUGUUGCCUGUACAGGAAAACUUCCUGCUUAAAUUUCAGGGCAUGAAGCUGACCUCUGAGGAGUUCAAUGCUAUCUUCACAUUUUACGACAAGGACGGGAGCGGCUACAUUGACGAGAACGAGCUGGACGCCCUGCUGAAGGACCUAUAUGAGAAAAACAAGAAGGAAAUGAAUAUCCAACAGCUCACCAACUACAGAAAGAGCGUCAUGUCCUUGGCUGAGGCGGGGAAGCUCUACCGCAAGGACCUGGAGAUUGUCCUCUGCAGCGAGCCCCCCAUGUAAAGGGGGUGGGGGGCAGGAGCUGCUUCUCCACCUCCCCCAAACCCUGCCCUGGCUGCCCUGUCACUUCUACCCGGACCCAGAGAUCGUGAGCGCCCCUCCUCCGCCCCUGCAACCUGCACACACCAGCCUGCUGAGCAGGAAAGGGGAGCUGGAGGGAGGGUGGCUGACGGGCCCCCCUGGAGCCCCCUCCACCCUCCCCCUGCCUGACCCGGGAAACUGCUCCGCCUGCAGUUGGGCCCCAACAGAACGGAGGUGGGCGGGGCAUGGGCGGAGCUUCCCUGCCCCUCACCGCUGCGAUGCAUGAGCUCCUCCCAUGUACGAUUUAGGCUUCUGUGUCUCUCUCGCAGUGGACCCUUCCUCCCGCUCUGCUCCCUUCCUUCCCAUGCCACCACCCACCCAAACUCCCAAGUUCCACCCACACCUUGCUAAUGGCAUAGCUGUCUUCUCAGAGUCCCUGUUCGUGGAGGGUGCCGGCCCUUUGUCCUCUUGACUCAGCGUGCUCGUUUUCACUGUGGGUCCCUUGUCUCCUUGUUUACCAAAGAAGAGUUUACAGACAAUAAAGUGGAAACGUUCUGCGUGGAAACUCA